AUGAAAGAGGUUGGAAUAUGUAAGGAGACGAAUGCACCUGUGGAGAUGCAAAUGCCAGUGGGUCGACUAUUUGAGGUCAUAUCGCUUUUCAAAACUGACCGCCAGAACAUUCUUAAGGAGAGCCCAUUGAAACGACCUCCCACCGACUUUAUAACCUCUCAAGACUGGAGCAUCUACGUAAAGAUUUGUUGUCAUUUGAGACAAAAUUCGGAUCGGCAACAGUUUAAAGAUGAUUCCCAGGGAAGGAGCUGUCUAAUUCGACUGGUGUCUGCCUUCAAUCAACUCUACACGGAGUACUCUCUCAUCUGUGAUGCUGUUGAAAAAGCUCGCGACAAUUCAGAUCAUUUUUUGAAUAAAGAGAAAGCAAGUCAUUCACAAAGGAAUAGAGAUUCGACAAAAGAUGGUCGGGAAAAAGGUGACGAGGGCCACAGUUUAGAUUUUCCUCCUCCCGAACAGUUGAGAGAAGUGCUUAUGGAUAAACCCUCCUUCCAAGAGUUUCAACCAUCUAGUUUAGACAUUUCAGCUGGUAGAAUGGUGAAAGAUGCUCCCACUGGGUGCUGUGCACCGAUUCGACGAAGAGGGGGGAAGAUAUCAUUGAACUCAGGCGAUAUUUUUGAUUGCAUCCAACGGCAGCCGCCUGAAGCCUCAAUAUGGGUGAAGCAGCUAAAAAUUAGCGUCACUCAGACGGUACUCACUGCAAAUUUCGAGGUCGAUAAAGGUGGAAGAAGUAGACUAGAAGCUGUAAAGCUGCCAAUAGCAUUGGAACUUACCCUGCCACGCAUUCAAAGGCAAGUUCAAACAAUCAUGACCGUUUGUCCAUUCAUCUAUGACCCUCUUGAAGUGAUUGCUGAGCUGAGGGCUACAAAUUAUGAUACGGAUGGUUGUGUGGAUUAUUUUGAGAAGACAAAGUGCCUUAGGGAGGUUAUUCAAGAGUUUCUGCCCACAAGAACCCUUCGUCCAGCUGAACAUAGACCGUUGGUAAAGACUGAGGGGUGGCCAAAUGUUUCUGGUGGAGUGCUUGGCAUGUCGGAGGAGGAGAUAGAAGGAUUUCUGCUACACAACAAACAGCGUCUCCAAACAAUACGCAGACUUCAGAAGGAUGCAGUUCGACGAAUUCAACGAUUGCAUACUUUCAGCAGUGGACUCGUCUCAGUGAUGGAACAAGUGCUUCUGGAGCGGGAAAGUCAUCGUAAAUCGAUGGAGAAGGAGGGCGCGAUAGAGCGUUAUCGAGAUCUAACGGAUCAAUUGAAUACACUGACAGAGGAGAAUACCAAAUUGCGAGAGACUUUGAAGAAGGAAGAGGAAAGAAGGAAGCUCUUAUUCAACAUGAUCCAGGAGUAUUUGGGCAACAUUCGGGUCUUCUGUCGUGUGAGAGCAAUUCCACAGACUGGACGGAUUCUGGAAGUCACAGCUUUUGAUACGAUAAGUCUGAACGUUAGUCCUCUGGCUGAGGAGUACAAAUUUGAUCGGGCUUUCGAUGUUAAUACGAGCCAGGCUGAGGUGUAUGCUGAACUCGUGCCUCUGAUAUGUUCCUUCAUGGACGGAUUCAACGUCAGCUUCCUCACUUAUGGAGGAGAAUCGAGCGGAAAGACGUACACUCUGAUGGGAGGCAUGGAUGGUUCACCGGAAAGUCAGGGUGUUGUAUAUCGAGCCUUGAGAACUGUGUUGCUGGAGAAGGCAACCAGGAGAGCUGAAUGGGACAUCUGUUUGAAAGUAGGGGUAGUUGAGAUCUACAAUGAGACACUGAUCGACCUUAUAAGCGGCGAAUCAGGAGUGCAUCUCCGUGUGGACGCAGGAGCCGACCGAAUGUUGGACACUUUACAAACGGUGGAACUCCAGACAGAAACCCAAAUAGACGAAUUGCUCCAACUGUGCAACGACAAGAGAAAGAUAGCUAGAACAGCACUAAACGAAGCCUCGUCAAGGUCUCAUCUUAUUAUUCUGGUGAGAGUACGGGCCACGAGCAACAUCUACCAGAAGACUAUGGGUGCAGUGCUGGCCAUGUGCGAUCUGGCAGGAUUUGAGGACAUAAUCAAGGCGGAUACGAUGGGCGAUCAGGUGCUGGCAAAGGAGGCAGGUUUCAUAAAUCGGUCGUUAACGGCACUAAACAGGGUUUUGACGUCUCUAAAGACCCAAAGUCCCAUGUCGGUAUCAUACAGAGAUAGCAAGUUAACAUAUCUUCUAAAACCAUUUUUCACCAACUCCGGAAAGUGCAUUCUCAUUGUAACAGUCAGAACAGAUAAAGCAAAUCUCCCGUCUACUCAGGGGACUCUGCGAUUUGGAAGGGAUUCUAGAGCUGUUAAUCUGGGACGUGCGAGGAGACAAGUGAGCAUGGAAAAAUUGAUACAGGAUGUCGGCACAGUGUGA